AGCAAAGCUUCUCUGUUAAAAGUAACGUUCAGUAUCUUGGAAAUAUCAAUUCUUGUUUGCUUGACGUCCUGUCAUAAUUUUCUUUUUCAGUUUCUGCUAUAAUUGGAAAUAAAAUUGCUAUAAACUUGGAAGCUUUCCAGUUUCACAAAGGGACUGUUUACUCUCUCCGCGUCCCACUCAGCCAUUUGUCGUUAUGUUAAGAGUCCUUUGUUCCAGCGUCUUGGUGAUUCAGUGAGCACCAGUGACCAGUGUUUUUUUAUUUUGUGCUCGUUAUGGGAUCGGUGAACAUGGAUUGUGACAUGAAAAGGGAGCUCGACGACAGCGGCUGCGUACAAGACGAUGCUGUGUCGAACGGCCAGGCGGGUCUGUUGGACCUGUCUGAUGAUGUGCUGCUGUACAUCCUGCGCCACUGCUCCCCGAGGGACCUCAAGGCUUUGGGAUACUCGUGUGCCCGCCUGGGUGUGCUGGUUCAGGAGCGAGCUCUGUGGCGGAGGGUGGACGCCCGGGACGAGCCCUGCUCCAGCAUGAGGCUGUCCUGGUACAUAGACAACACGCUCCACGAGGACACACACACGCUCAUGAUCAGCGGCUACGCGCGCGCUGCUGACGGUUGCCUGGGUCUCAUCAACGUGUCCCGCGAGGAGUCGGAGGUGGAGCGCGAGCUGGCCGACAAGGGCGGAGCACCCUCUCACGUCACAGUUCCAGGUGUGUCGGAGGAGCUGCAUCAGAUCCCGGUGCCGCUCCAGCCGGACAGACACCACACCAGGUUCUUCGUCACGGCGCAAGGGACGCCACACCUGCCGCGUUUCCGCGGCGUGCCGUCGUGGCCGGACCGAAUGGCCCGCUGCGGGCCCCAGGCCUGCCGCGGACCGCAGUUCACGCUGGACGCUCCGCUGAUGACCCGCCUCACGGACACCUGCCCGCGCCUCGCCUCGCUCGCGCUGGAAUACUGUUGCAUCGACUGUAACACGACGUCUCUGGGCAGCUUCCCCCGCACCCUCAAGAAGCUCUCCCUCCGCGGCUCCAAGUGCUUCAACAUGACCAUCGACAAGUCCUUCCUCUUCAAGAUACAGGACUACCUGCCGGCGCUCGAGAGCCUGGACGUGUCGGAGUGCGAGUGGAUGGACCCGGCGACGCUCCUGCCGCUCAGCAAGCUGCCGGCCCUCCAGGAGCUGUUCCUCAGGGACUGCCACAAGCUGGCGGAGUUCGUGGCGUACGCCUCCCUCACCGCCAGAUACGGGUUCAGGACACUGAAGGUGUUGGACCUGCGAGGGUCUCCGGUCGGGGACUCGGAGGUGUCGGCGCUGGGCUGGCUGCCGCAGCUGGAGCGUCUGUGGCUGGCCGCGGCGCGCGUCGAGAACAGGAGCCCGCACGCUCACUACGCGGACGACGCAGAGACCUGGCACACGGAGCUGGAGCACUGGGAGACGGCGGAGCGGGAGUACUUCAAGUCUAGACCAAGCAACGGAACACUCGAAGAAACGACGCCAGGCUGUAAGUAUGACGGCGAGAAGGAGGCAGCGCGCCAGGAACAGAGAACAGACAGAGCCACAUGUGACGACAGAGGGGAGAAGAAAGAGAACAAGAAGAGAAAAACGAGCGACGAGAUGAACGGCGGGGAGGGAGGAAAGAGGGCGAGGGUGGGGGGAGGGGCGGAGGCGAACGGAGAGAGGGCGGGCAGAGACGGCAGAGACCGGGAGAACAACAGACACAGGAACAGCCCGGACUGUAUCGUGGACUGUAUUAAGAUAGACCAGUUGAUAGACGUGGGCGAGCUGAGGAGGGGCCGGCAGAACGAGGUCAUCGUCAUAGCCAACUCCGCCAAGGUCAGGAGUCCCACCAGGCCUGCGCCCCACGACCGGUACGUGUGCCUCAGGAGGAGCCGGGACCGGGAUGGAGGGCAGGGGGAGGGAGGGGAGGGGAGCGGCAGCGUCAACCAGGGGGCGAGCACCUCCAGGGAUCACAAGGAUGGAGACGACACGGACAACGAGGACGACGCCAGCGACAACGGCAACGAGAAGUACGUGCACUUCAGGCAGAACCGCGAGCCGGUGUUCGUGGACUGCGCGCCGCCCGAGCCGCCGCCGCCCGUGCAGUACCAGAUCGAGCCGCGGCACCACGUGCUGUACGUGAGCGUGGGCCCGCAGGUCAACACGUACCGCUUCCCGCGCGACUCGGCGGACCUGGAGCGCCAGGUGUGCCUCAGCCUGGCGCCCGCGCACGUGGACUCCAGCUCGCUGGUCACGGACUUCGCGAUCCGGCGCUUCGGGCGCGCGGACGGCGAGGACGUCAACAUCAUCCACAUAGGACCCAACGGGCCCAUGCUGGUGGGGCAGAGCGCCGGCUCGCGGCCCGACCGCUCCAACCUGCGCCUGCUGUCCGUCACGGGCUACCGGAACAUCACGGACCGCAGCCUCUCGCACCUGGCCUCCGCCGCGCCGCGCCUCGCGUCGCUGGACUUCCGCGAGACCAACGUCAGCGAGGCCGGCGCCAGGAGCUUCCUCGCCCUGCGCCCCGACUGCGAGCUGGUCUAUAGCGCCUUCGUCGACGACAAGGACAACUAGCCUCCGCCGCCGACCGGACCGCUCGCGGAUCUCAUUUCGGUUUAGCGCGUCGAGUCUCGACGUCAUUUAGCCAGACUCCGACUCAGACUCAGACUGUGAGACUGGCGGGACUCGGCGUUUAUUUAUUACAAAUGUUCAUCUUCCAAAGAAGAAACGUGUUCUAGUGAAUAGUCACAGCGUUGCAUUUACUUCUCCGUCGCGUUAGUUCGUGUCGUCACCUUCCAUUCUCCAGCCGCGCCUUCUCCGUCCCGCGACUGAUUCAGAUCUGUCGCUUCAUCGGAAACAGUUUAGCAUUUUACCGAAAACCGAUGAUAUUAAUUCGUGUGAGACCGAGAGAGAGCCGCCAUUGUGAUCUCUAUGCAUGUGUCGUGAUUCCUGAAGAAAAUGUUUAUUGAAAUUAAUUAAUUUAUAUAUAUAUAUAUAUGUAUGUGUGUGUGUGUGUGUGAGUGUGUGUGAGUGUGUCUGUGUGUAUGUGUGCGUGUUUAUUUGUGAGAGAUGAAUGUUAAUGUUCCGUCUCAGGACCGUCAGUAUUGUUAUAUAUUUGUAUAUCGAGUGGCCGCAGCGAGUCGUCUGAGCGGAGCUAGUACAAUUUACGACGAACGAUUUUCCUAGAAAUAAAUAUUUAAAUAAGCAAUAUGGCCGUGUGUUUGUAAAUACAGUGAGGGUCGUUCGGGUAGGUUUCAUUCUCACAACUCCAGCCACCGUAUAUCCGCCGCGGCGGGCGAGCCCCGCGCUCUCUCGGUCUUCGGUCUCUUCUUCUGUUAGCUUUAAUAUAAACCCUAUGAAUAAAUGGAUCACCCUGA